CAGAUUAGAAAAUAUUGUAUAGCUGUUAUUAUAUUUGGUGGUUACACCUACACAAAAUUAAGUUACUGUAUGGAGAUUAAAAAUACAAUAUAACAAAUUAUACUGCACAAUAAUAAACAUAUACAACAGACUGAUUGUGUUCCAGAAAGACUACCGUACCAUCUCUGCUGUAAAAGAUUUAAAAACUGAAUCAUGCAUGUAGAAGCCAUGAAAUAUAGCUGUCAUUUGCAGCAUUCCACGGUGUAAAAGAAUCGAUGAGCUCCGGUUCCUCCCCAUCUUCCUUACCUUCCAGUCCCCCCUCCUCCCCCUCCUCCCUCGCCUCCACACACCCACAGGCUGCGCGACCCCCUCCCCCCUUCCAUCAUUUUCCCAUCUCCUACUCACUCUCCCCUCCGACAAACAUGGCUGCGAAAUCCGACGGUGCAGCCGUCUCUCCGCGAAACCAAACCCCCCCCGACUGUCCUUCCAGGUCGGACCACCGUCCUCCGCCUCCGCUUCCGCAUCGCCUCCCCGCCGAGCAGCGCUACUCCGUGUCGGACUGCUGCUGGACCCUCUGCGCCCUCUUGGUCUUCUUCUCGGACGGGGCCUCCGACCUGUGGCUGGCUGCCGACUACUACCUUCGGAGGGAGUACUGGUGCUUUGCACUGACCCUCGUCUUUGUGGUGCUCCCCUCCGUGGUGGUGCAGGUGUUGAGUUUCCGAUGGUUCGCCUACGAUUUCACCGACACCCCCGAGAGCGGCACGGCUGCGGCGGCCGUGGUGGCGGCGGGGAGCGACUUCGGUGACAAGGACGGCGGUGCAGAGCGGGGCGCUGGCCGCACCUCCGCGGCGGCUGGGGUGCUGCCUGAGCCGGCCACCGGGGGCUGCUGCAGAGUGCUCAUGUGGCUCUUUCAGGUCGUCAUUCACAUCUUCCAGUUGGCUCAAGUGUGGAGGUACGUCCGAGCCCUCUAUUUGGGCGUGCAGAGCCGCUGGCACAGGGAGCCCGAGCGCCGUCACUACUACUGGCGCAUGAUGUUUGAGAGCGCCGACAUCAGUAUCCUGCGUUUGCUCGAGUCCUUCCUGAAGAGCGCCCCACAGCUGGUGCUGCAGCUCUCCAUCAUGAUACUAGCCGGUCAGGUGCUGCCUCUUCAGGAUCUGCACCAAUAUCAAAUGGGUUCUAUGCCAACCCCAACCCAAAGUAGAAAUGAAAACAGACUUUCAGCGUCCGCCUCCCUGAUGUCCCUGGCCUGGAUGAUCGCCUCCUAUCAGAAAGUCUUGAGGGACUCCAGAGACGAUAAGCUCCCCAUGACCUACAAGGCAGUCGUCGUUCAGAUCCUGUGGCAUCUCUUCACCAUCGGGGCCCGCGCGCUGGCCUUCGCCCUCUUCGCCUCCGUGUUCCAGCUUUACUUUGGCAUCUUCAUCGUGGCCCACUGGUGCAUCAUGACUUUCUGGAUCAUUCAAGGCGAGACGGACUUCUGCAUGUCCAAGUGGGAGGAGAUCAUCUAUAACAUGAUGGUGGGCAUCGUGUACGUCUUCUGCUGGUUCAGCGUGAGGGAGGGCCGCACUCGCUGCAGGAUGCUCACCUACAAUCUGACCGUGUUCGUGGAGAACAUAGCCCUCGCCGCCACCUGGUAUCUGUACCGCGGCACACAUACCUCAGACUUCUACGCCGUUGUUAUGGUGUGUGUGGUGGCCAGCAGCUACGCUCUGGGCACCUUCUUCAUGUUUGUUUAUUACUGUCUGCUGCACCCUGACGGCCCCGUCUCAGGCUGGGGCUACAUGUCUGAGAAGGAGGUGGCGGCGGAGGCGCUGGUGUCCCCGACCGCCAGCCUCCCCCCUGAGCUGGUGAGCAGCCCACCCAGGACCCUGCAGAGAACUAAAGACAGAGAGCAGGGGUCUGGGAUGGACGGGGACGUGUUCCUAGUGCGAACACUUCGGGGAAGACGGGCCCCAGCGCCCCACCCUACACCAGGGACAGAAGGGCCCGUCAUCCGAAUAGACCUGCCCAGGAAGAGUUACCCCGCCUGGGACGCUCACUACAUCGACCGCAGGCUGCGCAAAACAAUCCUGGUGCUGGAGAGCGUGGCGCCGGUUGCUCCGAGGAUUCAGUACCGCUGCCUGGGCACGCCCAAAGAAGUGAUGGAGUACGAGACCACCGUGUGAUGGUGACCUUUCAUCUCCAUGACGACUGCCAAGCAGUGGAGACAAAUAAUGGGAGUGUUUUUUUGGUUUUUUUUUGCAAAUGCAAAUAUGUUGUGGGAUGGUGUUGCAUACAGUCGCGAUCAAAAGUGGACAUACACUUGUAAAGAAGAUAAUGUCAUGGCUGUCUAGAGUUUCCAAUAAUUUCUACAACUCUUAUUUUUUUGUGAUAGAGUGAUUGGAGCAAAUACUUGUUGGUCACAAAAAACAUUCAUGAAGUUUGGUUCUUUUAUGAAUUUAUUAUGGGUUUACUGAAAAUGUGACCAAAUCUGCUGGGUCAAAAGUAUACGGACAGCAAUGUUAAUAUUUGGUUACAUGUCCCUUAGCAAGUUUCACUGCAAUAAGGCGCUUUUGGUAGCCAUCCACGAGCUUCUGGUUCAAUUUUUGACCACUCCUCUUGACACAAUUGGUGCAGUUCAGCUAAAUUUGUUGGUUUUCUGACAUGGACUCGUUUCUUCAGCAUUGUCCACAUGUUUAAGUCAGGACUUUGGGAAGGCCAUUCUAAAACCUUCAUUCUAGCCUGAUUUAGUCAAUUCUUUACCACUUUUGACAUGUGUUUGGGGUCUUUUUUUUCUUUUUUUCUUUUUUCUUCGAUAAUGAGUUUCAAGUUUAUUCACAAUACCAUAUAACAAUUACAAUAGUAGUGAAUAUCAUCAUUUAAAGAUGUUGGUACGUGAAAGGGUCCCCCAAAUAAGCUAGAAGAAGCUUUUGACAGGGGGUCCAGAGGACGGUAUAUACAUGGAAUGAUGAAACAUGGUAGCAAGCACAACAACAAAAAACAAAACAAAAAAAAACAACGCUAUAUGAUUAACACAAGAUAAUAGUACUAAAGCAAGCAUACACAUACAUACAUACAUUCAUUCAACCAUGCAAAACCCAACAGUAGUCUACCCCACAUGAGGCAUUAAAUAUAGGUGGUUAAUAGGUAAGUUUUCAGUUUCUUUUUGAAGUUGGAGAAUGGAUACAGCAUCUUGAGGCUCUCAUUAAGCCGGUUCCAAAUCUUUGGUCCCCUGCAUACAACACUUCGAGCGGUACAAGCCAGUAAACGAUGUUUCCCUGAUAUCAGAUCUAAGUUACGAGUGUUGUGGGCAUGCUGGGGAUGGUAGAUAGGAACCAAGCUACAGAGCCUAAGAUUCAGCCUGUAAAUGACUUGAUAGGUUAAACAAGCAUUUUGAUAAAUAUUGAACUCUGUCAGUCUUAAGAGAUGAUAAUUAUGGAAUAGAUGUCGAGUGGGGGCAUUAAACUUGGACCAUGACAGGGCCCGUAUGAUUUUCUUUUGCAUGGAUUCUAAUUUGUGAAGGUAGGUAGGGAAGGUGUUACACCAGAUGACAUUACAGUAGUUUAGAUGUGGUUCAAAGAGAGUUUUAUAUAGGGUGAGUAGAGCAUAAAGAGGAAGAUAAUGACGAAGGUGAAAGAACAGGCCAACAUAUUUGGAUAAUUUGUUUAACAAAAAAUUGGGUGUUCCUAUUGGAACACCCAACUUCCAGGCUGAUGAUUUUAGGUUGUCCUGAAGAAUUUGGAGGUAAUCCUCCUUUUUCAUUGUCCCAUUUACUCUCUGUAAAGCACCAGUUCUAUUGGCAGCAAAACAAGCCCAGAGCACAAUACUACCACCACCAUGAAAAGGCCUCACCUUUUCUCCUCCAAACAUAUUGCUGGGUAUUGUGGUCAAACAGCUCAAUUUUUUGUUUCAUCUGACCAGAUAACUUUCCUCCAGAAAGUCUUAUCUUUGUCCAUGUGAUGUCAAAAAAAUAAGAGUUGUAGAAAUGAUUGGAAACUCAAGACAGCCAUGACAUUAUGUUCUUGACAAGUGCAUGUCAACUUUUCAUCGGGACUGUACUUACUGUAGUUUUCUGUAUCACUACUCAGGUUAGGGUGACAGUAACAAAGCCAGUUAAGAGAGAAGCACAGUGUCAGAACUUCGGUCACGAGGCAGCGACUCCUCCUCAGUAAGGACACGUCUUCAACAUGUCUGACAACCAACAGCAGCUACAAAGUGAGUCACUGCGCUUUUAAAGCCGACUCACUCACCGUUUCAAAUACCACGCCAGUAGUCAUCCUUCUCCAAAGCUGCUCGCUCAUGUUGAAGGAGUCUCUAAAAAAAAAAAUGCUGCUUCCAAAUGUGGUGUUUUCAAAGCAACAUCAGAAUUGAAUGUUUAAACAAACAAACAAAAAACAGUAGAAAAGGUGCGUGUUUGUGACGAGGCUUGAGGAUAGAAAACAUUCCUGUGUCAUUGUUUGUUAAAACCAGAACAAUUCAAACCUUAGUCGUGAAAAGAAGCAUAUUCUUGAAGAAUGUGUCCACUGAAUGGGAGCUCCUGUAUGUGACAAGGAGGAGGAAGUUGUAGCCGUCUCUACUUGUUCUGUAUCCAUAUUUUGUUGUGCGAGUAAUGUAAAGAAAACUCUUAGCUGCAGAGACGAGCAUUGACUUUAUUGAUGGUAACGGCAUGUAUCUUUCAUCAGGGUUCUUUUUUCCCCCCCCCCAGCGGAAAAUGUGUGUAUUUGUGUGUGUGUGGAAAAAACAUUUAAUUUCAAGAGGUGUCACUGAGUGGGUGGGAAGAAAAGGCAGUUUUGUUGUAAACACUGUCCAGACACAAAUAUAGAUGAUAAACAGCCCAUUCAGCACCUUUUACAACCCUAAGGGAGACAUCUAUCUGGAUGACAAUGGUGCUAACUCAACCUGUCAUGUAUCAACCACACAGUGUCACGUCAGAUAAGCCUGGAAAGAACUGUACCUCAAAUGCAACGCAAGAAUCAAAACGCCUUAAACUGGUCACACCAGACUGUUGCGAGACAAAAGCUAAAGGAGAAGCUGUCAUGAAGUCACUGUUGCCGGAAUAAAGCGCAAUGUGU